UUCUCUUCCCUUUUUCUCUUUCAAUUCCUCCUCCAAAACGCGGCGUUUUGAUUCUGCAAUUCUCAUUUCGUUCUUCGUAAAGUUCGUAUUCCCCAUUUCAUCAAUGCCAUAAUUCUCUGCUUCUCAUUCCCCCCAGAAUUUCAACCCCCACCCCGAUUUCUCGUUUCCUAUUCGCCGAUAUUUCGCCCAUUUCCGAAAGUAUCCUUGCUCUCACCCCCAAUUCUGGAGGGCUUUGGCUCUCUUACCGCCUGUAUAAUCACGAUUGGCCCAUUCCUCACCUGGGUUUUCCUUUUGAUUUCUAGGGUUUCAAUUUUUUUUUUCUUUCCUUUUUUCGUGCUUGUUCAGGUUGAGAAAAUUUUUAAAAAGUCUUUGAAAAAUAGAUUGUGCGUUUUCAAUGUUGUUUAGGGUUCUGCGUUUCCUCUUUUAUCGCAAAUGCUCAGAUUUUUUUGUAGCUUUUUCUGUAAUUGUCAUUUGAAACUUCAAAUUGUAUAAUCUUUUUCUGGGGUUGUAUUUUCAAUAUUAAAGUUGAAGCCAUUUGAAAAUUUUUCCCUUUUUCCGGGAAAACUGUGGAAAUUGAGUUCCUAUUGAACCCAACCCACCCCAUCCCCACACCCCCCCAACAAAAAAAAAAACCCAUUUGGACAAUGACCAUUUCAGUGUUUUAGUUUCCUUAUUCUUUGUUUUUUGUUGCUGUGGCUGUUCUGGGUGCAAGAAGAUAUAGUUUGUUGUGGAGUGCAUGGGCCAACAUGAGGGCUGGGCGCAGCCAACUGGGCUAUUGCCGAAUGGUCUAUUGCCCAAUGAAGGGUCUUCUGCUAUUCGAGUCCUCGACACGGAAAGAUGGUUAAUAGCAGAGGAGAGAACUGCAGAGCUCAUCGCCUGCAUUCAACCCAACCAACGCUCUGAAGAGCUCCGAAAUGCAGUUGCUGAUUAUGUUCAGCGAAUCGUUGUGCAAUGCUUCCCCUGUCAGGUGUUCACUUUUGGGUCUGUUCCCCUCAAGACUUAUUUGCCUGAUGGAGAUAUUGACUUGGCAGCCUUCAGUAACAAUCAAAAUUUGAAGGACACAUGGGCUAAUCAGGUCCGUGACAUGCUACAGAGUGAGGAAAAGAACGAGAAUGCUGAAUUUCGUGUAAAAGAGGUUCAGUACAUUCAAGCAGAAGUGAAGAUAAUAAAAUGUCUUGUUGAAAACAUUGUGGUAGACAUAUCAUUCAACCAGCUUGGUGGGUUAUGCACUCUUUGUUUCCUUGAGGAGGUUGAUCAUUUGAUAAAUCAAAAUCAUUUAUUCAAGCGUAGCAUUAUAUUGAUCAAGGCCUGGUGUUAUUAUGAGAGCCGAAUACUGGGUGCUCACCAUGGACUUAUUUCGACUUAUGCUUUGGAGACCUUGGUUCUCUACAUAUUUCACGUCUUCAACAAUUCCUUUACUGGACCACUUGAGGUCCUUUAUCGUUUUUUGGAGUUCUUUAGUAGCUUUGACUGGGACAACUUUUGUGUUAGUCUAUGGGGUCCUGUACCUAUUAGUUCACUUCCAGAUGUAACAGCGGAACCUCCUCGGCAAGAUAGUGGAGAGCUACUACUUAGUAAAUUGUUUCUAGAUGCCUGUAUCUCAGUAUAUGCUGUUUUCCCGCGUGGCCAAGAAAACCAGGGACAAUCCUUCAUUUCCAAGCAUUUCAAUGUUAUUGAUCCUUUACGUGUAAACAACAACCUUGGUCGUAGUGUUAGUAAAGGAAAUUUCUUCAGGAUACGAAGUGCAUUUGCAUUUGGCGCCAAAAGGCUGGCAAGGCUACUUGAUUGCCCCAAAGAGAACAUAAUUUUUGAAGUAAAUCAGUUUUUCAUGAACACAUGGGAAAGGCAUGGCAGUGGUCAUCGUCCUGAUACUCCAAGGACUGAUUUGUGGCCCAAGAGAUUCUCAAAUUCAAAUCAACUCCAUGGGUCUGAAAAUUUGGUGAACAUUUCAAGCAACAAAAGAUUGAACAGUAACUCUGAUCAUGAAGCUGAGGUUGAGAGGACACAUGCUUCACAUGGUGUUUCCUGGGAAAACCUGUCUAGAAACAGUGAUAUUUCUGCAGUCUCUCCUGCUCAAAGCCAAAAGAAUCAUGGGACCCUGAACAGUUCAAGGAUCCCUGAUCAGAUCAGUCCAGAAAUCAAUUCUAAUCAGGGGGUACAUACUGAUAGAGAUCAGGGAAGUUUCAAGCCUGAUCAAUUGGUCACUGACCUUCAGGGAAGGUAUCUGUUUGCCAGGACACACUCUAGUCCCGAGCUUACUGACACAUAUACCAAAGGCUCUUCUCGAGGCAGGCAUAACAGAGCUCCAGAAAAUGGAAAAGACCAGAUUACUUCUACAAGACUGGACAAUAGCAGGAGGAAGAACCUGGGCUCAGAAAUUUUUGUGAGCAAUAGUACCAUAUCAACUGAUGAUACUUCAUCUGUCAGGCAUGUCUCAUCCCAUCAAAGUCUUGACGGAUCAGCUGAUUCAAACACUACUUUAAAUAGUUAUUAUCAUGGCUCAGCCUUGGGUGCCAUGGGUGAUCAACUUUCUUCUGUCAUGGGUACUCAGGGGAUGCAUCAGGAAGAGCAAGAUCUUGUGAACAUGAUGGCAUCUUCUACGCUUCAUAAUUUCAAUGUACAGGUCCAUCUGCCGCUAAAUUUAGCUCCAGCUCACCUACCUCUUCCAUUCUCACCUUCCAUUCUAGCUUCAAUGGGAUAUCCUCAGAGAAAUUUGACUGGCAUGGUUCCUACAAAUGUUCCCUUGAUCGAGCCUGCUUGGGGGGCCUCAAAUAUGCAAUUUCCUCAAGGUUUGGUUUCUUCAUCAUUAACUCAUUACUUCCCUGGCAUUGGAUUGAACUUGAAUUCUGAAGAGUUGAUUGAAACUGGCAAUGAAAAUUUUGGUUCUUUGGAAAUUAUCUCAGGGGAGGCUGAUCAUGAUCUCUGGCAUGAGCAGGAUGGGGGAUCUACUGCAGGGUUUGAUCCUAACAAUGGAGGUUUUGAGGUGCUUCAGUUAGAUAAUAAGCAACAGCCAACUUCAUCAGGUUUUAACUUUCUGCCUGCAUCUAAGGUGGGUGGCUCUAGUGGCUCAAUGGGAGUUCAACCAAAGUUCAUUAAAGAAAACCUAGGAUCAGCCGGGGAAGAUCAUGUUGAUGCUUUCCACCAUCAAGAUAAUAGACAAAAUGAAGUUCAUUCUGAUGGCAGAACUGCAAGUCCAAGGUUUUCGCCUUCUAGGCCCACUAGCCCCUUGAGAAGCAAAACCUCUUCCGAGAGUUCCUGGGAUGGAUCAUCAGCAAAGGUUUCAAAGCCAAUGAGGGAAAGACGGGGAAGAAAAACAAGUUCUUCUGCAGAGGCUUCAACUGUGUAUGGAAAAGGCAAGAUUGUGUCUGAACAUGUGCCUUCUCAUGUAGAUGAUGACGACAAAGACUGGAAGCCACCUUCAACCAUGGGUUCUGAAAGGGCUGAAAGAAGCAUGGCCUCUCAAUCUCUGGCUCCUUUGCAUGUCCCAAGGCAUAACAUACCAGGCUUUGAACCAGCUCAUGUGGGCGGAUCGGAUUCGCUAAUACCCAUUUCUCCAGUGUUUCUAGGUUCUGGUUCACAGCAAAGGGCAGUGGAUAAUUCUGGGGUGGUUCCCUUUGCCUUUUAUCCAACAGGUCCGCCUAUUACGUUUCUUACAAUGCUGCCAGUUUACAAUUUCCCAACUGAGCCAGGAGCUACUGAUGCAACGACAAGCCAUUUUGGAGGGGACAAUGGGGUGGAUAACAGUGAUUCUAGUCAAAACUUUGAUUCAUCUGAGGAGCUUGAUCAGUCUGGGAAUUUAAACACUUCAGGUUGUAUGAGAAGGGCAGUUCCUGUUGAACCCUCAGAGGUGCCAAAGUCCGAUAUUCUUAACAGUGAUUUUGCCAGCCAUUGGCAGAAUUUGCAAUAUGGGAGGUAUUGCCAAAGCCCACACUCUCAUGGUCCGCAUUCUUAUCCUUCACCUAUUAUGGUACCCCCCAUGUAUUUACAGGGUCAUUUCCCAUGGGAUGGUCCUGGAAGACCUCUUUCAUCCAACAUGAACCUCUUCACUCAUCUUAUGAAUUAUGGUCCUCGCUUUGUUCCUGUUGCUCCUCUGCAGUCUGUUUCUAAUAGACCUGCCAAUGUUUAUCAACAUUAUGGUGAUGAAGCAACAAGAUAUCGUACUGGAACUGGGACAUACCUACCAAAUCCUAAGGUGUCUGCUAGGGAACGACAUGCUUCAAAUUCCAGAAGGGGGAAUUAUCAUCAUGAUAGGGGUAACCACAAUGGUGACAGAGAAGGGAACUGGAAUAUCAACUCAAAAUCAAGAACUGCUGGCCGCAAUCAUAGUCGUAACCAAGCUGACAAAUCAAGCUCAAGACUGGAUAGGUUGGCAGCAAGUGAGAGCCGAGCUGACAGGCCAAGGGGCUCAUACAGACAUGACUCAUUUCCCUCCUACCAUUCCCAGAAUGGUCCAUUGCAUGUGAACUCCCCUCAGAGUGGUUCUGCCAGUGUGGCUUAUGGCAUGUAUCCAAUCCCAACAGUGAACCCCAAUGAAGUGUCAUCCAAUGGACCAAAUGUUCCAUCUGUAGUCAUGGUCUAUCCAUAUGAACAUAACACCAAUUAUGGUUCACAGGCUGAACAGCCUGAGUUUGGGGCCAUUGGAACUGCAGGUUUCUCAGGUAUGAACAAAGAAGCUCUGCUGAAUGAGGGAACAGGUGCGUUUGAGGAACAAAGGUUUCAUAGUGGCAUUAGUCAACAGUCUCCAUCAGACCAGCCUUCUUCACCUCACUGCCAAAGAUCAGUGGCUCAGAGGAAUUAUCAGUUGAAAAAUGAGGAUUUUCUGCCUCUUGCAAUUCCAGACCUGAGGAAAACCCAUAACAAGAGAAACUAUAAUUGGAAAUCCUCCAGUAACGGGCCUUGUUGUUCUCCCCUCACUUCUGAUGUGACGGUUUCUUAAAAUUUUGCUCCACAAAUGGCGUCCUUCCUCUACUGGCUUACUGCAUGCACCAGUGUACAAUACAAAGUUGUCUUCCAACCUUUCCUCUUUCCAGUAUUAAGGAAGAGUGGUGGUAAAGGGAAGCAGGAUUCAGUGGCUAGAUCUAUCUCUUUUUCUCUUUUUCUCAUCCCUUUUUUGAACUUUAGGUUUGAAUUCUCGUACAGGGUUUGUACCAUUAGGCAUUUUUGUUUCAUUUUCUCCACUGUGUACUAGCUCAGUAUUACAUUCUUGUUCAAAAUCCAUUUCAUUGAUGGAGUUAGAAGGCUACGCUUUUGAUAUUGGCAGUUGAUUCUAUAGAUUCCUUGUUGAGAUGGCCAA